AUGUCGACUCUUCUCAGGACGCUGCGGAAUCUCCGCCGAGUCGGCCUCAAGGAUUUCGGCCACCAAAUGCAGCAUAUUGGCGAUACCAAAGCGGGAACGUUCAUUGGACUUGACAAAUAUGGCAACAAAUACUUCGAGAACUUGGCCGAGGAACUUCCUCUGAGGACGCGCUGGGUGGAUUACAAGGACCAUGAAUUUGAUCCGUCCCAGAUCGAGCCCGGAUGGCACGCCUGGAUGUCCUACUCCGUAGACCUCCCCCCAACACAGGACAAGCUCCUCCAGCGACAGAUCCGCGUCUGGGAGCCAACAGAGCACCGACCAACACUGACCUGGGGCAGUGCCGCAUACAGGCCAUACAGCACGACCAAGCCGAAGUACGCAGCCUGGAAGCCUGUCGCGAAGCCCCGACAGGCGGCCACUACUAAGCAGUAAAAAAGAGCCCUCAGGAGACAAUUUUUCGUUUUUGCGCUUACCAGGCCAUGUAAAUAUCAUAUCAAAGACAGAAAUGGAAUGCGUGCGUGUAUCAUUGAUCGAGUGCGACUUUUCCGUCGUUUCUUCUACUUCCUUUGUGUGAGCUCGUGGUACCGACAGGCCACGCACGAAGUUUGCGAUACUUGUUUGCUCCGUGACCUCCGUGUUAUCUUGGUGUACCCUCGGCAUGCGUGUAGGUGGGCGAUCCAUGUACUUGGCGUGGAUAAGGGAUGCCAACAACGUGGGUGUGAUUGAAUCCCACGAACGAAGGCGCGGUGCGUGUGCGUGUGCAUAUGUUGGGGGAGCACGACAUGGCGAUGUGCGACACCUGGUAGAAAGGAGACUAUCACACUGUACCAACCCGCG